GCAGCAGGACUUAUACCGCAUCCUAAAAGCUUACACCAUUUACCGGCCCGACGAGGGGUACUGCCAGGCCCAGGCCCCCGUGGCUGCUGUCCUGCUGAUGCACAUGCCCGCUGAGCAAGCCUUCUGGUGCCUGGUGCAGAUCUGUGAGAAGUACCUGCCAGGCUACUACAGCGCAGGGCUGGAAGCCAUCCAGCUGGAUGGAGAGAUCUUCUUUGCCCUGCUGCGCCGGGCAUCCCCCAUGGCUUAUCGGCACUUGAAGAAAUACAAGAUUGACCCCAUCCUCUACAUGACGGAGUGGUUCAUGUGCAUCUUCUCCCGCACCCUGCCCUGGGCUUCUGUACUGCGCGUCUGGGAUAUGUUCUUCUGCGAGGGGGUGAAGAUUGUUUUCCGGGUGGGCCUGGUCCUUCUCCGGAACACUCUGGGCUCGGUGGACAAGCUGCGCAGCUGCCAGGGCAUGUACGAAACCAUGGAGAAGCUGCGCAACCUGCCAGCUCAGAGCAUGCAAGAGGACUUCCUCAUCCUGGAGGUGAUGAACCUGCCUGUGACGGAAGCGCUGAUUGAGCGUGAGAACGCCACGCAGCUCAAAAAGUGGCGCGAGACUCGCGGGGAGCUGCAGUAUAAACCCUCUCGCCGCCUCCACGGCUCCCGCGCCAUCCAUGAAGAGUGUCACCGCAUGAACCCCCCGCUGACCUCCAGCGCCAGCCUGCUCAGCCUCACCGCCUUCAAACAGCGGGCGGCCCGUGGCAGCAGCGGGGUGAGCGCGGGGGGCAACUUCUCCCCUGCCCACCCCAUGGGCAGCCUGGCCGUCUCCUCUGCCCCCACUCCAGCUGUUGCCCCAGGCCAGGUGGUGUCGGAAGGGCUCCACCCUGCUCUGCCCUCCCCCACGGGGAACAACACACCGCUGGGGGGGCCCAAGAAGGGGGGAGCAAAGAAGAAGGAGAAGGAGCGGGAGAAGCAGGAGAAGGAGCGGGAGCGGCUGCAGAAGGAGCGGGAGAAGCAGGAGAAGGAGCGGGAGCGGCUGCAGAAGGAGCGGGAGAAGCAGGAGAAGAAGGAGAAGGAGAAGCUGGAGCGGAAGCAGCAGAAGGAGCGUGCCAAGGAGGAGGCCAAGCAGAAGAAAGAGAGGAAGGUCUCCAUGCGCCGGAAGGAGGCCAAAGCCCCGCCCCGUGCUGAGGACGGGGGGCAGGACGGGGAUCCCCCAGCAGGCUCUGUGCUGCAGGACACUUACUUCUGAGCUGAGUGGGGGUGGGACAGCGGGGGGUGGGGGGCUGCUGCCUCCAACCCACCACAGAUUCAGCCAAGGACCAAGGGGUGAGGAGACUCAGAUGGGGUGGGGUCGCCGCCUGGGAGGAAGGUGGAAUCUAAAAGACAAGAGAGUGUUGAGCUCUGAGCUAGCCUCCAGGGGGUGCCCCACGAUCUUCCUCCUGCCAGGAGGGGACCUGCUUAACGACUUUGAAAGCCAAACGACUACUGUGCUCCCCCCACCCUUUCUGUGUCCUCCCCUCCCGUCGGUGGCCCGAACAGGCCCACCCCUCCCCCCAGGCGCCUUUCCAGGGGUGUGGGGCGUGGUCCCCUCAAGUCUUAACCAGAAUAUCAUUGUAUUAAUAACUGUCCAGCCUGUUUACUGUAUAGAGGAGAAUCCCCUUCACACUGUUGAACCACUCCAGCCCUGCACUCCCCCGCCCCCUCCUCCAGACAGGUUGGGUUGAAGAGCCACCCUCUUGCCCCCCUGCUAGCAGGAGCGCUCCUCUUUGUGCUGGUCACCCCCAAACGCAGUCCUUCUUGAUGGACACAGGUGUCGAUAAAGUUCUUCUGCUUUGACUUUCGGUGGCAAGACGGAUGAACUUUAUUGACAGCCCAGUGUGUGCGGACAGGGCAUACGUUCCACCCUGUCCCAACACCACAUUCUUUUAUUUAUCUGUAGCCCGGUGUUCCCCCACAGGGCAUCAGUAAAGCUCAUCCGCCUCUCAAGAAAGUGUCAGUAAAGUCACGUGCCAGGUGAGGAACUUUUAUCGAUAGUCCAGUGCUUGCAGACAAGAGAACAGGAAAGUUCUUCCAUCUCCCAGCACAGGAUUUUUGUGGCAAGGAGUAAACUUUAUUGCUAGCCCAGUGUUGGACAGACUGGACUGUUCUCAUGUGCCAGUGCUGGGCUUUCAAUAAAGUUCAUUCCUUGGCCCCACCUGGGGCUUCGUUACUUGUGUGGUACCCUGGCGGCCCACUGUUAUGGUCUCCUUUGGGGCCUUCUGGGAAAGACGGUGAACUUUAUUGCUGGCCCACUUUGCUGACAAGGUGUCAAUAAAGUUUCUUCCCUGUAAGAGUGGGGGAUGAACUUUGACACCCCAAUGUUCGCAGCCAGAGCAUGGAUUCCAUGUCAGGGCAGGGAUGAGCUUCACUGACACUCCAGUGUUUGCAGACAGAAUAUCCUAUUCCAUGUGAGAGCUGGGAUGAGCUUUAUCGAUGUCCCAGUGUUUGCAGACAUGGGUAUCAAUAAAGUUUAUUUCACGUAAGAGCCAUGAUAAAUUUUAUCGAGUCCCCAGUGGCUGAUGCUAUGGGACUUUUUCAGGAGCAACUGUAUCCAACUAGCACCACAUAGCCCCCCCUAAUUUGCCCUGGGGGGAUAUUAAAUUGGCUCCUAGACAAUAUCCUCCUGCCCCCCAGGAUACUCUCUUGGUUAUCUCUUUUGUCUGGUCAAUUCCCUGCCUCCCCUUCCCUGGCUUAUUUGUGAUUUACCCCAACCAUCAACACACUCCAGUCUCCCCAGACCCCCCCCCCCCCCUUAAAAAGCAUGAACAAACACGCUUACAGUACCUGGAAUUUUCUCUCUCUCUCUGACUGUGGUACGCUGUGCGACCACUAGAGGACACCCACUGGCCCCAUGGAGGGAGAGCAGGGGUCUCAGAUGGGAGGCUAACACUUUCACGCUGGCUGGAAGAGGGGUGGGGCUGACCCAAUGGGAAUUCCCCCAACCCCCACUGUCUUGUGUAAAUCUAGCAAACAGCACCAGAACUCCUGGGUUCUAUCCCUGGGUUAGAGUGUGGGGGUGGGCUGAGAAUCAGGACUCCUGGGUUCUAUCCCCAGCUCUGUCACUCCCUGCCCAUGUGACUUCAACAAAGUCACUUCCCCCUUUGCCUCAGUUUCCCCUCUUUGCAAGACAUGGCUUUAACUUAACCUUGUAGAGUUGCUCCUUGGAGCAAGAGACCACGUUACUGCUCUUUGCCUCCAGCCAAACCUCAUUCCCACAAUUCACCUGUCUCACAAACCAUGUCGCUAACUGCCCCCCACAGCCAAUGUUACUCCCAUCUGCCACCCAACAAGCACCCCCUUUUCUCCCUCCCACCCUGUGUAUAUACGUGUCUCUCUAUACACAUAUAUUAUAUAUAUGUCUCGGUAUUGUAAUUAUGUAUACAGACAUUUUGGGUUUGGCCAUGAGGUCUUAUUUAAUGGGACAGACACUGGAAUACAGAGAUACAGCACCCCCCCAUCCCCCCCGGCUCUAAUCUCUAGACUCUCUUUUUAUGCCACCUCCAUCCUGGGCAGGAAGGGCAGAAAACCGGAUGUUUACAUUUUACAUCUCUCCUCUUUUUCCUUCCUUCUCCAUUCCCCCCACCUCGCCCAUUUCUGUUGUUCGUGCCUCAUUCUCUGAGAUUUUAUUUUGUCGCUUUGUUUAAAAAGGUUAACAAAAAAAAAUUGCAAACUUG